CAUUGAGAUUUUAUGAGUAAUGAGCAACUGAAUGAAUUACUGAGCUUUUUUUUAUUUUUUUCUUUCAGAGGAGUUAGAUGCAAUGAUACAGCUCAACUUUAUGUUUUGAUUUCUCAAAAAGUCGAAUUUGUGCGCGAAAUACUUUAAAAAUCUGAAUUAUGGUUUAAAAUUUAUAAAAUAAUAGGAGAAUUAGUAAACCACAUAAUUUUUUGUUAAAGCUUUAACAUCGAACUGCUAAUUUUUUAGUUCAGGUAGGCACUUCUGUCACAUGAACUAUAAAACAAUAGAUAAUCACUAAUUUCAUCUAGAAGUUGACAGACCCGAUUAUGGGGACAUGACAUCGAAGCCUUCCAACGAAAUCAAUCCUAUGACUUCCAGAUCUGUAACUAAUCCAGAUGAUGAUUCUAGUGACACCAAUUUCCCUGACAAUGUAUGGAUGGAUGAUGCAGACACAACUGGUUCGUUCCUUGGGAAAAUUUUUGAAAAGAAGCAAGAAAACGUGGACGAUGUUUUCAACAUCGUGUCUAAUCGAGCCAUGCUGGAGACGGAAGUUUGGAAGACUCAAACGGCUUUAUACGAUGAGCUGAUAGCAGCUUCAGUCGCUGAGAGAGAAGAAAAAAUAAAGCGCACAAUCAAAUAUGAAGAACUUCUUGUAGAGGUUGAGCAAUUAAAAAAGAUUAGAUGUGAAAAUGAAGCUUGCAUAGAGAAUUUAAUGAAAGAAAAUGCUUUAAUGAAGAAAAAUAUAUGUUCCUUAUAUAAGACUGCAAAAGCUGAAUCUGAACAAAAGGACAAGAUGAUGCUGGAAAUUAAUGAAGAAUUAAGUUCACUUAGGCAUAGAAAUAAAAUAAACUCAAAGCAGGAGAAUAAUUAUGCCAACAUGCAUCAUGAUAAACUGAAUGGUGAUGCAAGAAAUAAUGCUGCUUGCAAUGAAGCUGUAGAAAACAAAGUACUCAAACUCACCUCUUCAUCCUCAAGACGAGUGAAUAAUCAUACAGAUAGGCAUGAAGUUAAACUAAGUGAUGAUGACAGAAACAAUAAAAUGUGCAACAAGGCUGUAGAAAGCAGAAUAACUAAAUCAAAAGAGGAAAAAUUAAGUUCUCAUCAGUCUAGUCAUAAAAGUAGGGAUGAUCUCAACAGUAUUAACUACUCAAGAAAAAGAAAAAGGGACUCGCCCUAUAGGCAAUCUACAAAAUACAGCCGCAGCUAUUAUGACCGUUCUAAAACUGUUGAAAAAUCGUCUUAUAGCUAUUAUAAAAGAUCAUAUGGAUAUAAUGGUAAAUCGCCUAGAAAAAAUACUGACAAAAGAUAUAUCAAGAAAUCUGUUCGAAAAUCUUCCACAUCAAAUACAGAUUCUAAAAGGGGGACUUCAAAAUUAGAGAGCUCAAAAGCCACUAUUAGAAGGUCUGAUAAAUCUAAAAGCAGUGGAAAAGCAUUGGCAAAUAAAUCUUUGGUUCACGAAAAAACUGAAAAUAAAAAUUCUGAUUCUAAAAAGAAUGCUGAAACUAAAAUCCAGUGCUCAGACAAUGAUUUACGUGCAAAAGUAGUUGAUCCUACUAGCUCUGAAUUGUUUUGGAGACAGGAUAAAAUGAUCGCUAAUGUGGUUAAAGAUCUGUCUCAAGUUUUAAAUUCUGAAUUACCCGCUACACCAUCGUCAACUCCAUCUGUAAUAUCUGCAACAGAAUUGCAUUCUGUUCCUGUAGCAAUCACUGCUAAUGUACCAGUUACGUCUGAAAUCUUUGGCGUCGAAGAAUGUACGCCUCCCAAAGCAAUUGUUGCUGAAGUGCCUGCACCACGAGCAUUAGUUAAUGCUGACGAAGUGCCAGCUGAAGUGUCUGUUUCACCUCAAAUAAGUGCCGCUGAAGUCAUUGCUUCAUACUUACCAGUAGCUACAGAAAUACCCGUUACAAGUAACAACAGUACAAAAGCGAAAAAUAUUAUUCCAUUACAAAAUGGUGAUUCUAAAAUUAAUUCCAAUAGUGAGAUGAAUUCUGUUGAACAAAAUGUGUCUUCUGCAUCUUCCAGUUAUAACCUAAUUAAUAAUUCUGAGCAUAAUUUAAAUCCAAAAAAUAAAUGUUUUGACAUUUUGGAAGAUAAGACAACAACAAAUGCGCUUUUCUUUGGUCUGCUUCCAAUUGAAAUUAGAAGAUCUUUUAUGGAGUAUGAACAACAGCUUAUUGUAAAUACAAAUAUGUUAAAGCAGUCGUUUGUAAAUUAUUAUUUUAAACAUUAUGAAGGUAUUGGUCCUUCAACACACAAAGAUGAAGUAACAGCAGCAGACAAUGAACCGUCUAAGGAGCAAUGUUCAGUUAAUCAAACUACUAGUCAGAAUAAGAAAGAUGUCUACUCUCCCCUGUUCUUUUUUGACGAGAAAAACAAAAUGGCAAUGAGUAUAAAUUCAAAUAUAUCUCCAAAAACUUUAUCUGUCAAUGAAACUAAUAAUAAUAGACUCAUGAUACCAACAUCAGACUCACAGGCAUGUGAUGUUGUCCUAACACAUCCUUCUUUGGUACCCGAUGUUAAAUCUAAAGGUGCUAUUUCAGAUAAUGAAGAUGUACAUUCAGACUCUACUAAAGAAAUUGAUACUUUCCACCUUGAUGUGAUCCAGAAACAGUUGGAAAAGGAAAUGUAUAAAGACUUAUCUCCUGUUUUAAAUUUACACUCAACUAUUAUACCUGAAACAACUACUAUGCCCAUAUCACUUGCUUCUGAAAUAACUACAUUUCCUACGUCUGUUUCUAUUGAAAUGCCUUUGCCACCUGUAUCAGUUUCUGAUGAAGAACCUAUUCCAUUCUCAUCAAAUGCAGUUAAUGUACCAGAACCAUCUGCAUCAGUUGACGCUGAAGUACCUACUCCAUUUGCAUCAAAUGCAGAAGUAUCGGAGCCAUCUGUAUCAGUUGAUGCUGAAGUACCCACUCCAUUUGCAUCAAAUGCAGAAGUAUCAGAGCCAUCUGUAUCAGUUGAUGCUGAAGUACCUACUCCAUUUGCAUCAAAUGCAGAAGUAUCAGAGCCAUUUGUAUCAGUUGAUGCUGAAGUACCUACUCCAUUUGCGUCAAAUGCAGCUAAAGUAUCGGAGCCAUCUGUAUCAGAUGAUACUGAAGUACCAAUGCUUGCUGAAUCACAUGUUUCAGUUUCUUCAAAACAACAAACUCCUGCAGCAUUUGCUGCUGAAAUACCUUCGCCAAUUGCUGCUAAUGUACCAGAUUUAUCUGUAUCAGUUACUGCCGCGGUGCCUGGUACAAAUAGUUGCAGAGCCAAUAGUGAUUGCUCUAUUGGUCAUGCUAAACAAAAAAGCCCUCAAAAACUUCAAAUCUGUUAUAGAGAAGUUAAUCAAGAGUCAUAUCCACAAUAUUUUAAUUCUAUAUAUUCCAGAAGACAACUUGUUAAAACGGCUCUUAAAGAGCAAGAAGAAAAUGGGCUGAGCAAAUCAACAAGAGAGGACUUGGUAAAACUUUAUAAGUAUAAAACUGACAAAAAACCACUUGUUAUUUGGCGGAAAGCAAAGCAUCAAAAAGAGACUUAGCAUUAAAAUUCUUUGCAUACACAAAAAUAUUUUUUAAUUUUACAUCUCACACAAUUUGUUUACUUUUAUAUCCAACCCAGUGGCACCUUCUCAAAACAGUUUUUUUAUAUAUAUUUAGAUACAUAAACACUAACAAAAAGAGAAUGGUAAACAAACAAAAAAACUUUAAAAAUUGCAAAGAAAGCAUUUUAUGUUUUACAAAUUUUCAACAUGCUUAAAUUUCUUCUCUGUUUUUAAAAGUUUUUGUCACACUCUCUUGAUAGGGGUCAUAAAAAAAGGCGACACUAGGUAAAGACCUAUCAUUAAAAUUUCUUACUUUUAAAUUUAAUUCCAACUCCAUUUAAAUUUUAUUGUUGUAAGGAUUACACUUCCAUCAGAAAAAUAUGGAUGUUGCCUUUCGAAAAUUUCGCUAUUUCGUCACUUUAACUCUACCUGUGAGAGCUGCGCAAUCAUUUAUAACAUUAUUCUUAAGCGCAUAUAUCUUAUUACCCAUGUACAAAAUUUUAUUCUAUUAACUCAAACGGUAUGCUCUCCUGAGGAUCAUGUGUCCCCAAAGUCAUUUUAUCACCCUGUACAUCAAACUAAUUAUGUUAAAUAGAUUUUUGACUUAUUAUGUUAUGUAUAUAAAAGGAGAAGGAAAAAUAUAUUGGUGAGCACAAUACUCUUUUAUAAAAUUAGGUUUUAUUGUGAGUUUUUUUAUUUUAUUUUUGUCAACUGGAAAAAGUAGUGGUACUCAUAAAGGCAACUUAUUUUAUCUUCCUCCUACAUUUUUUCCUAGCAUUCAACAAAUGUUUUCCAUUUAUCUGGUAAUUCCUAAGGAAUCUUAAGUAUGCACUUCCAAUGGAAAAAAAGUUGUUGGGCAUUUUAACCUUAAAAAUCAUUCUAUUAUAAAAUUUUAGUUCUUGAUUAUUUAUAUUUUAAAAUUGUUGGGUCUAUUUUUUUUUUUUAAUAAACUCAUUUUUGAAAAAUAAUUUGGAAAUAAUUAUUUUAUCUAUAUAUAUGAGUGUGACAUUUUGUGAAUUAUAGUAUGUAUCAGAGGGAUGUUUUUAUUUUUAUUAGAUCUACAUAACUUUUUUAAAGGAGGGUAAAUGGACUAGAUAUUUAGGCUUUCAAGGACCUCAAAUAUUUAAAAGAAAUUUAAGUCAAAAGCAAUUUCACUGCUUUUGUGAAAAUAAGCUAAACUUAUCCAUUAUUCUAAACAGGUCUAAAAGUUUCGUUCCAUUUAAAUUAAAAAAUUUUGAUAUAAAUAUUUAUAAAACAUAGCUGUAAAUAUUUCUAAAAUUUAAAUUUUUUUCUCAAUAGAAAUAAAUAUUUGGCUGUGGUAAUUUUUUUAUUUUAUUUUGUCUACAUAUAAAUUAACUCCUUUAGUUUUAAAAUUAACGCUUUAACUACAAUUCUGUUAAAAAUUUCUUGAUUGAAAAAAGUUUUUUUUUAUAAUAUUUCAAAUUAGGGAUUAAGAUUAUAGUUUAGAUGUUUAAUUCAAAAAGCAAUUAAAAAAUUCUAGCAAUUUUCAAAUUUUGAAAAUAUUACUUUUUGUUAAAAGAGUGGGGUAGCUGCACAUAAACCAUUAUUAGGUAGUGUUAAUCUCGCGCCCUGCAAGUCGUUCAUCUCUACUUUGUUUUUAUGCAAUAAAGAUGUCGAAAUUUUACAUCAAAGUCAUUUAUAUUUUGUUUGUACAUUUUGUUGAAAAAUUUAAUGGAUUUCUUGGUAGUAAUGUAUAUAAUAUUUGAUUAUGCUGUAAGGGGAUAAAAAAAUGUUUUUUUUUUUUUUUAAAUUCUAAUUUAUUGAUUAAGCAAAACUAUAUUUUAAGCUAAACUGAAAAAGAUAUUUAUGAAUAACAGAAAUCAUGAUCAUUUGUACUAUCACAUGGUUUUUUUUAUUGUAUAAAUAUAUUGUAAUUUAUAUUUUUAUGUGAUAAUUUUGUUGUUUACUAUCUGACUCAAUAAAUUUAAUUUAUUUUUUGAUUCUUG